UCAUUCUAUUUCAGACCAUGUAGUGAAGAUUCAUCGUAUGAAACAAUAGAUAUAUUACCAGACAUUGCCUCAUCACCUUCUAUCAAAUUAACAGAUGAUACCCCAGUCAGUAACAGAACAGAACCAUUAACAGGAGAAGAAUUUCAAAGUUUCUUAGAUCAAGAUGGUAGACUAGUCAAUGAAAUUGGGUUGAGAAAGGCAAUAUUCUUAGGAAGUGUUGACUCAAGUAUAAGAAAGCAAGUAUGGCAGUUUUUGUUUGGGUUAUAUCCUUGCACAUCUACAAAAAGAGAAAGAGAUGCUUUGUUAAUAGAUUAUAUAAUAAAAUAUCAUGAAUUGAAAAAUAGAUGGAAGACAAUGUUAGUUAUUGAUUCCAAACCUGGUGAUACAGAGAUAAAAACUAAAUAUACCCCUAGACCACUAGAUCUUUCACUAUUAGACCAAACAAAUAUAUCAGAACAUAUAAAUACACCUGAUAUGGAACAGAAAAUAGAAUUUAUGAAAAUUCAAGCUCAAGUAUAUGUUCAAAGACAAAGACUAGAUAUAGAAGAAUUAAAAAAUCAGAUAAGAGUUAUAGAUAAAGAUGUACCUAGAACAGAUAGAGAUGAGGAAUUUUUCAGGGGUGCUGGUAAUCCUAGAUUAACUGAGUUAAGAGAAAUAUUAAUAACAUUUGCUGGUUUUAGUCCGGAUUUAGGAUAUGCUCAAGGAAUGAAUGACAUUUUAGCUAGAUUUCUGUAUGUAAUGGGAUCAGAGGUGGAGACUUUCUGGUGUUUUUAUCAUUAUAUGGAAAAGAUAAAAGAAGAUUUUAUGGAAGUUGGGAUGGUCAAAAAAAUUGAACUAGUAAAGAUGUUAUUAGGAGAAAUUGAUAAUUCUUUACUACAUCAUUUUGAGUGUCAUGACAUGGGUAAUUUAUUUUUCUGUCACAGAUGGUUGUUAUUGGGCUUUAAAAGAGAAUUUACAUUCCAAGAUUCAUUAAAAUGUUUUGAAAUUUUAAGUAGUCAACAUUUAGAGCUCUCCUCAAUGGAGGCUGAAACAGCUGUCAGGAGAGAAGAAAUGAAAGAAUUUGCAAAUACAGGUGAUUUAGUUUUGUAUUUAUUUUUUUGGUUGUCCUUUCUCAAAUUGUUUUGA